AUGAAUCUUUCCCGGGUUAUUGCAUCAUUGGGGCUAUUGGGCGUAGCUGCAGCUGACUCAAAUGAAGUGGUCAAGUGUCCGACUGAGCAGCCAACGCCUACUGUGACACCGGCAAUGACCACUACGUCAACUAGCUCAAGUUUUGCUCGCUUCUUUGACCAGAGCAAAUUCAAAAACAUCUUCCCAGAUGCUGUGGAACUCUACAAUUUUAAUGGGCUAGUAAAUGCUGCCAGUAAGUACCCGACGUUUGCCAACACCGGCAACGAUGUUAACGACAGACGCGAGCUCGCGGCUUUCUUUGCCCAGACGGCUCACGAGAGCGACAACUUCAAGGCCGCAGAAGAGUACGCCAAAGACACCUACUCCGUGUGGCAGUACUGUGACAACACCACCUACCCAUGCGCUCCUGGCCGUCGCUACCACGGCCGAGGCCCCAUUCAGCUCUCGUGGAACUACAACUACUACAAUGCGGGCAAAGCACUUAACAUUGAUCUCCUCAACAAUCCAGACAUUGUAGCAAAGGAUACCGCCGUGACGUGGAUGACUGCACUCUGGUAUUGGAUGACGCCGCAAAAGAAUGGUCGUAUCAUUCACAACGUCGUCACAAUCGAGGGCGGCUUUGCUCAAUCCACCGACAUCAUUAACGGUGGUCUUGAAUGCGGCCCGGACGCUCCUAACAAGAAGAAUGAGGAGCAGCGCAUCAAGUACUAUGCUAAGAUGUGCGAGGUGUUAAACGUGCAGCCGCUGGGCAUCAGUUCGUGCAAUGCGUAG